AGUUAUCCUGUGCGGUGGCUUUUGUGUCUAAAAUGUCUCAGUAAUUUAGCUUAGUCCCCGUUACGAUAGCAGCGUUUUAUAAGUUUUCCGCUGAUAUGGACUGGAGCAGCAGUUAGGAGUCAGAGGACUCUAAGCGAAUCAAACAUGAAUAAAGGGUGGCUGGAACUCGAGAGUGAUCCAGGACUCUUCACGCUGCUGGUCGAGGAUUUCGGUGUCAAAGGCGUCCAGGUUGAAGAGAUUUAUGAUCUACAGAGCAAAUGCCAAAGCCCUGUCUAUGGCUUCAUUUUCCUAUUCAAAUGGAUAGAAGAGCGGCGGUCCAGAAGAAAGGUGUCCACCCUCGUGGAUGAAACGUCAGUCAUUGACGAUGAGAUCGUGAAUGACAUGUUCUUCGCCCAUCAGCUAAUACCCAACUCAUGUGCCACCCAUGCCCUUCUGAGCGUGCUCCUGAACUGCAGCGGCGUGGAGCUCGGAGCAACACUCAGCCGCAUAAAGGAGUUUACCAAAGGCUUCAGUCCAGAGAGUAAAGGUUAUGCAAUUGGAAAUGCACCAGAGCUUGCCAAAGCUCACAACAGCCAUGCCAGACCAGAGCCCCGACACCUGCCAGAGAAGCAGAAUGGGAUAAGUGCAGUGAGGACCAUGGAAGCCUUUCACUUUGUCAGCUACGUGCCGGUCAAGGACCGCCUAUUUGAGCUGGAUGGGCUCAAGGCUUACCCGAUAGAUCAUGGCCCCUGGGGAGAAGAGGAGGAGUGGACAGACAAAGCUCGGCGAGUCAUCAUGGAGAGGAUAGGACUGGCCACGGCUGGUGAGCCUUAUCAUGACAUCCGCUUCAACCUGAUGGCCGUGGUCCCUGACCGGAGGAUGAAAUAUGAGGCGAAACUGGAGAUCUUGAAGAAGAAUAGACAGACGGUGCUGGAGGGGCUCCAGCAGCUGAUCCGGAUGACCCAGCCUGAGCUGGUGCAAGGCAGCAAGCCACAGGAGGCCUCCUCCCCGGAGGACACGCCCCCUGCCGUGAAGCAGGAACUGGAAACAGACACUGACGCUGGGGCCACAGCUGCAUCUGAGGACACCCCACAAACAGAUUCCACUGAUAGCUCAAGUCUUCAGAGCCAGCCCCAGUCCACCACGAGCCCAUCUGGCCGAGCUAAAGCUCUGGGCAAGCAGUCAGCCCCCCUGGGGGCUGCCCCCACUGGGACCACCCCCAUGGUCACCCCCAACCCCAUCGUCCAGCGUCUGCCUGCCUUCCUGGACAACCACAACUACGCCAAGUCCCCCAUGCAGGAGGAGGAGGACCUGGCAGCUGGAGUUGGCCGCUCCAGAGCUCCGGGGCCCCCUCACCCACCGUACUCUGAUGAUGAGGAUGACUAUGAUUAUGAAGAUGAGGAGGAAUGUGGGACCACAGAGACACCUGUCAGGUUCAAAAGGAAGCUGGGCUUGAAGGCUGAAGGAGGUGGUAGCUCGGACGGCCAGCUGUCACUCCUGCAGCCCGGCUCCAUCACUGCCCUGGCAGAGAAGCUGAAGGAGAGUCAGAAGAGGGACCUCACCAUCCCCCUGUCUGUCAGGACGGAGGGCAGGACCGGAGGCAUCUGCAUCACGGCCCCCUCCCAGCCCUCGCCCACGCCAAGCAACGAGAGCACGGACACAGCCUCGGAGAUCGGCAGCGCCUUCAACUCGCCACUGCGCUCGCCCAUUCGCUCAGCCAGCGCCACGCGGCCCUCCAGCCCCGUCACCUCCCACCUGUCCAAGGUGCUGUUCGGGGAGGAGGAGGGACGGGACUGCCAACGCUAUCACCGGGCCGUGCGCGACCUGGGCGCCGCCGUCAGCUCCGCCCUGCUCCACCUGCAGGAGGACGGGGUGCUCUAUGCGCUGGCCAGCACAGGGGACCCCCACACAGAUGUUCCCAAGAACGCCCCAGCGGGGGAUGGGGACAAGGAGGAGACGAAGGAGCGGAGUGCUGUGGAGGUCAAGGUGGAGGACAGCAAGGACAGCACGGCGGUCAGGCCCGGCAAAGACAGGGUCGAAUCCGCAGAGCACAGCUGCAAGCCAGUCGGAGAAAAGUACUCCCCCAAAGAGCUGCUGGCCUUGCUGAAGUGUGUGGAGGCUGACAUUGCCAACUAUGAAGUCUGUCUCAAGGAGGAGGUGGAGAAAAGGAAGAAAUACAAGAUUGACGAUCAGAGGAGGACCCAUAACUACGAUGAGUUUAUCUGCACCUUCAUAUCCAUGCUGGCACAGGAAGGAAUGCUGGCCAGCCUGGUGGAGCAGAACAUCUCAGUGCGCCGCCGCCAGGGCGUCAGCAUCGGCAGGCUGCACAAGCAGAGGAAACCGGACCGCAGGAAACGCUCCCGGCCGUACAAGGCCAAGAGGCAGUGACUCGGGAGGACGCCCACCCCUCAGAGCGAGUCUGUCAGGCUCCCAGGGAGGCUUCUGGCUCUCUGACACGGGGUGGGGAGGGGGGUGGUCUACUGCUGGACUCUGUCUGCAAUAAGGGAAAACAGAAAUAUUAUAACUGCUUAUACAUCAACUGCUCUGAAGAGGCUUUCUUGC